AUGGAGAUCCUCCACGCAGAGAGCCACUCUCUCCCUGGAGAAAUGACCAUGUGUCACCAAGAGAUCAUGGUAAUGCAACUAAGGACAGAAGCUGAUAAUUUAAAAUCUGUUGCUUUAACUUAUACAAGCAGGAUUCAUACAAGUUCCCAAGACACCAGGUAUUAUGCUCCACCACCUAGAGAUUAUGGAUACUAUGAUUAUGGUCCUUCUAGUAGAAGUGAACAAUCCUUUGGAGGAAAUGGGUACUAUAAUAUUUUCUGUGAAUGUGAUGGCUACUGUGGGGAUCAUUCUGAACAUCCAAGUAGACAUUCUUACAGAGAUGCAUAUCAGAGUUAUGGGACCUCUCACGGUGGACCACCUGCACAAGGACCUCAAAUGAGUUAUGGUGGAAGUCAUCACUAUGAUUAUAACAGUAUACGAGAUAGAUACGGCAGAAGUCAGGAGAGUUACUCACGGAGCUGUGGUGUUGUGUAUUCCUCUGGUCAUGAGCACGGUGGCAGAAAAGAAUGA